CGUAAUUUUCAACUUCAAACGCGAUAGCUAGCCGUGGGCACCCCUGCCCUGUUCCUCUGUUCCGGGCGGCUGCCUACAUAAGCGCAGGCGCAGGCGCAGCUCCCCUCCCCUCCCCUCCUCCGCGCUCCGUGCCCAAUCCCCACUUCCUACCGGCGACGAAACCCUCGCCUCCCCUCCCCUCCCCUCCAAUCAACCCCACCCCAUCCACCGGCGAGACCGGCGCACAGCUCGCAGCGCGGCCGAGACCGCGCGAGCCCGGCGCCGACCACAACCGCGGCGAGGAGCCGAGCGUCGGGAGCGGCGGGCGGGCGGGAUCACCGGCAAGCCUCGCGCCGAGGAACGAGCGGCGGGCGGGCGAGCCUCGCGCCGACGGCCAAAGAAGAAGAGGCCGGACGCACGGCAGAUGGCCAAAGACUUGCUCUGGGAGUUGGCCCUGAUGGCCUGGCCUCUCCUCAAGGAGGAGGCCGCGGAGCUCGCCAAAAGCGUGCUCCGCGAGCUGGCGCGCGAGGAGGCCAAGACGCGGCUCAAGGCCGCCGUCAAGGCUGGGGCGGAGGGCCUCAAGGGGCUUCUCGAGGCGCCUCCAUCCACUCCGACUCCGGCGCGGCCGGACGAGGUGGCAGACCCGCGUCAGGGGGAGCUGCUGGUCGAUAGAGCGGCUGUCUGCAUCGACCACGCCCCGCUGCUGCUGCGUCGUCCACAGCUUCGCCAUCUCCCCCCCUUCGUCGACGACGUCGUCCUCGCCAGGGUGGCGCCCAGCCUCCUCGGUCGGCUCGGCCCCCAGAUGGAGCCGGCCGUUCAGGCGCUGCUGCGCGGCAAGGUGAUCGCCCCAGGGGUGCAGUCGGCUCUGCGCUCCGGCCUGGAGCUGCCACCCGCAGUCAGGCAGAUGCUCGCCGGCAAGUUCCAGACGAGCGGCGUGCAGUCGGCUCUGCGCUCCGGCCUGGAGCUGCCACCCGCAGUCAGGCAGAUGCUCGCCGGCAAGUUCCAGACGAGCGGCGUGCAGAGCCUCGACUGCUCCACGCUCCUCGCCUUCGCCGCCAGGGCCCGGGCUGACGGCCCUUCUUCUUCCAUCACAGCCGCGACAGCGGGUGCGGCUGCCCAGGCGCUCCCCAGCCUACAGGACAUCGUCGUGUGCGCGCCCGCGAUAGGGGUGAUCGCCCUCGCCCUGUACCUGAUCUGGAGGCGGCCGGGCGGCGGCGACUGAGCGCGGGCCGGCGCAAAUCCUCAGAAUCAAUCGAUAUAUUCUGUUGAUUCCCAGUAUUCUUAGUUUCUUGGAAACAUGUCAAAGAUCAGUAGCUGAUGUAGUCAUGAGAAGAAGUCUUCCAUUAUUCCCUUCCCUGAGAUAGAAUUCAAUUUAUAAAUCGCACUGCUGAAAUUGGUUUAGAGGAUCUAUAAAUCUGAAAUCUCGAUUGCAA